AGAGCAGCCGCGCGUGGGUGAGCUUCAGCCCGCGUCCACGUGUGUGUGUGUGCGUGCGCGCGCGGGCGCGCCGCUGUCAUCCCCGCCCGGUCCCGGGUCUUCGCUUAUAAAGCAGCGGCCGGCUGUGGGAAAUCGGCCGGGGUGAAGCGUCGCCAAGAGGCCACCAUGCCGGCACUUUGCCUGCCGCCGAUCCUCGCCCUGCGGCUGCUGCUGCUCUCGCUGCUGGGCGCCUGCGCCUCUCUCGCCGCCGCCUCUGCUCUCCACUUCCAGGAAGGGCAGAGCUGUCACAAGCCCUUGCCGCGCAAGCUCGCCGGCCUCCGAACCUAUCCUCGUCCUCAUGAAUAUUUGGAUAUCUCAAAUCUGCCCAAGAGCUGGGAUUGGAGAAGCAGAGACGGAGUCAAUUAUGCGAGCGCCACUCGAAACCAGCACAUUCCCCAAUACUGUGGAUCCUGCUGGGCUCACGGCAGCACCAGUGCUCUAGCAGAUCGCAUCAACAUCAAGAAGAAAGGCGCCUGGCCUUCUGCUUAUCUCUCCGUUCAGAAUGUCAUUGACUGCGCCCAGGCAGGGACCUGUCACGGUGGAGACCACGUAGGCGUAUGGGCGUAUGCUCACCAGCAUGGCAUCCCUGAUGAGACCUGCAACAACUACCAGGCAAAAGAUCAAAAGUGCAAGAAAUUUAAUCAAUGUGGAACAUGCACCACCUUUGGGGAAUGCCACGUGAUAAAGAAUUACACCCUCUGGAAAGUGGGAGAUUAUGGAACUCUCAGCGGUCGAGAGAAAAUGAUGGCAGAAAUCUAUGUAAAUGGACCCAUCAGUUGUGGGAUCAUGGCCACUUCCAAACUGGAUGCAUACACUGGAGGCCUGUAUGAAGAAUUCAGUAUCUUGCCUAUAAUAAACCAUAUUGUCUCUGUUGCUGGUUGGGGGAUUGAAAAUGGAACAGAGUAUUGGAUUGUCCGGAACUCUUGGGGAGAUCCCUGGGGAGAACGUGGCUGGCUUCGGAUCGUGACCAGUGCCUAUAAAGACGGAAAAGGAAAAUACUACAACUUGGCUUUGGAAGAGGAGUGUGCUUAUGGAGACCCCAUACUCCUUUGAAUUUGCCUCUGCGCUUUCUUUGACUGGUGCUUUUGGAGACUUUGAUAUAAAAGAAAAUAUCCUGCAAAAUGCACUCUUCUUAAGAAAGGGGCAGUGCUAUUCAGUAGCAUUUGCUGAUGGAAUAUCACCAUAAUUCAAUUUUUCUUUUUAUUGAUGAAUAAAGAUAAACUCCUGUCCAAUUGUUGUCAGACUCUAGGGAGAGGCGCUUGUUUCUGUUUCCACUGUGGGAACCAGUGUGAUCCAGAGACAUUUUCUGUGGUCAUGUGGCCAGAAUGGCUAUACACCAAGAUGCACGGAGUGCUGUUACUUUUCCACUCUUUAUCUACUUGCACUUGCAUGCUUUCGAACUGCUAGGUGGGUAGGAGCUGGGCCAAGAAAUGGAAGCUCAUCCCACAUGGAACAACUUGCCUCCAGAAGUUGUGAAUGCUCCAACACUGGAAGUUUUUAAGAAGAUAUUGGAUAACCAUUUGUCUGAAGUGGUAUAGGGUUUCCUGCCUAAGCAGGGGGUUGGACUAGAAGACCUCCAAGGUCCCUUCCAACCCUGUUAUUCUAUUCUAUUCUAUUCUACUCUACUCUACUCUACUCUACUCUACUCUACUCUACU